GAGAAGUUCCGCAACUCUGGUUCAAAACAAGCCGGUUCUUUAUCACACUUUCCGAAUGGACAUCGUCACACCAGACAAACGAGUGGAAAUAACCAACCGAAACAGGUUUUUUUUACGGGAACGCAAAGUUCUGACGUAAAUAUCGCCAAAUUCUUAACCAGUUGGGAUCUCCACAUGGUCUCGCCAGAAAACGGAGCGUUAGUAGCGAGUGAUCGUUCCAUCCGAACAGUGAUCGUUUCCAUGGCGAAGUUGUGCAGUGUUGUUUUAGGUGUGGCAUUGUUGACCGUACAUUCGGUGCUGGGUCAAGGAUGCGGCGAACGUAAGGUGGAUUAUGCAACAUUGAUCUUGGGCGGUGAGGAUGCCAUCUCGGGUCAGUGGCCAUGGCAUGCGGCUAUCUUCCAUCGAAUCGAGCGUUCGUUUAUCUACCAGUGUGGUGGUGCAAUCAUCAACCAGAAUACUAUAUUAACCGCUGCACAUUGUGUGCGAAUUGCUAGUGGAGUCAUUCCGGUGGAUCGGUUGUCGGUGCAGGUAGGCCGAACGUAUCUGUAUGCAGCCGAAAGCCAUACACAGGAACAUCAGGCCGAUCGGAUUAUCGUGCACGAAGAAUACAGUGCAGCCCGGGUACGGCACGAUAUUGCACUGAUCAAGCUCGCUACGGACAUCGAGUUUACGGAGUACGUGCAGCCUGUAUGUUUGUGGGAACGUUCAAACGUGGACAUUGGUCAAUUGAUAGGGCGCGUCGGUACAGUGGUUGGUUUCGGUAUAACGGAAGUUGGCGAGGUGGCCGAUCGGUUGCGUGUUGCCUACAUGCCCAUCGUCGACACACAAACGUGUCUGGAAAGCAAUCGCCCACUGUUCGGUCCUGUGCUGUCGCGUAAUAUUUUUUGUGCCGGAUUCCGCAAUGGAACAACGGUUUGUGGCGGUGAUAGUGGAGGUGGCAUGUACUUCGAGAUCGAGAACCGUUGGUACAUACGGGGGAUUGUUUCGUUCAGUGGACAGAACUGCCAGUCGGCUGAUUAUGCUGGCUUUAGUGAUGUGGCCACGUAUCUCGACUGGAUCAAUCGAUAUACGAGCGGUACGCAGAGCAGUCCCUAUACGAGCACCGUCAUCGAUAACCAGCGUUUGCUAGCGUUGGAUGUGUGUGGUGUGAAUAGCUAUCCAUCCACACCGGAAGAUGAGAAACCAGUUUUCCAAGGCUAUCCCUGGCUGGGUGUGAUCGAGUACCAGCACAUCAGCACUGGACAGCGGCGUGUGCUCUGUCAAGCAACGCUCAUCACCAGAAGAUAUGUUUUGACGGCUGCUCAGUGUGUUUCCUUACCAAGGAAUUCUUAUCAAAUUGUUGCCGUACGUUUGGGCGACUACGAUACGGGUUCUGAUCCAGAUUGUGUUUAUGCCGAGGGCCAAAGACAAUGUCAGUCUCCGGUGCAAACAGUACCAAUCGAGCAAAUAAUCGUACAUAAUGGUUUCAACAAUCCUGCGUUUGCUAAUGAUCUAGCACUGCUACGCCUUCAACAGCAGGCCAACGUUGAUCAAGACAACAUCAAACCUAUUUGCCUGCCAUUCUCAACCGCACUCAAGUCUCAUAAGCCAUCGUACUACAUCCGCACUGGAUGGCUUGCCAGAAGCACCAGCACCGUCCUAUAUCGUAGUUUUCCAAGUUCGAUCGAAUCGGUCGGUUGCCAGGAAGCGUACAACGAUCAGGAUGUACCGCUGGAAAAGACGUACGGCCAGAUAUGUAUCCGUCGGGACAAUCCAUAUGCAGGUGUUUGUACGUUCAAUAUGGCCGCCACACCACUACAGUCGGUACAGCUGGUUGGCCCUAGCGAGCGGUACGUACUGUACGGUUUGCUUUCCUUCGGACCAAAGCAAUGUCUCGAAACGUACCCAGACGUGUACACGGCAAUCGCACCGUACGUGGAUUGGAUUGUCUCCAAUCUAAGGCCAUAACCGGUGCAGCCGCAUCUAUCUUACGCGUUUCGUACGUUUGCAUGAUUCAUUCGCUUACC